AGCUUACUGAGGAUGAGGAAGAGGAAGUAGUGACAAAGAUACCCAAACAAACCACAUGUUGUUUUUCUUCUUCGAACUACUUUUUCAGAGAAAAGUGUUCAGUGAAAAUAUAACCGAUUGCCUGCGACACUUCUUCUCCGACUUGUUCCGUUGACAGUUCAAGGACCGAAAUUUAGAUUGCAUUGAUGCGGUUUGUGUCGCCUCACGUGUGCAUCGCUGUGCCUCGGAAGUUGGCCAACCGGGUUUCAUGUCGGAGAAUCAAAUGAUGAACUACCGGAUCAAUCUUUUUAACAUCAUGCCUUAAAUGCUGAACAUCUAAUUAAACAUCGAAAUGGACAUGGAAGAGGCUUUAUCCAUGGUGCUGGACACCUUAUGGUGUGCCAUAAGUCAAAACCAAGAAAGUUUCAAACCAGCUGAGAAAAAACUACAAGAAUGGGAAGUGGUACCGGGCUUUUAUUCCAUUCUCUUGGACAUUUUUUCAAAUCAUACUAUUGAUGUAAAUGUUAGGUGGCUUGCCGUUCUUUAUUUUAAAAAUGGAACUGACAAGUACUGGAGAAAGUCUGCUCCUAAUGCCAUAUCAGAAGACGAAAAAAUUAAACUGCGACAAGGGCUUGUUGCUAAUUUCCGAGAACCAGUCAGUCCCCUUGCAGUUCAACUUGCUGUUGUCAUUGCUAAGGUCGCUCGCAUUGACUGUCCGAAAGAUUGGCCUGAUUUGGUUCCCACUUUAUUGACGGCUGUCAGGGAUUCUGACCUUCUCGUUCAGCAUCGAGCUUUGCUUACACUUCAUCAUGUUGUCAAGACCCUAUCAUCUAAGCGACUGGCAGGCGAUAGAAGAUUGUUUCAAGAGCUGACCGGAAAUGUGUACUCAUUUGCCUUGUCUCUUUGGAACACACACACUGAGUUGUUCUUACAGCAAUUUUCUGAAAAUCCUCUUAAUGCUACUCCCUCCUUAGAGAAAGCACUUCUUGCCCUAAGGAUACUGAGAAAACUCACUGUUCAUGGAUUUCUAAAACCUCACGAAUCUGAAGACGCUGUGAUUUUUAUUAACAUGGUUUUCGACCGAGCCAAGACAAUGCUAGAAUGCAGGAAACAACUGCCUAAGAAGAGCAGUUUAAUUGAACUGAUUGAAAAAUUUGUCAUCCAUUUGACAAAAGUUCUGAUGUCUGUUUUGGAAACACAUCCAUUUUCAUUCAUUGACUUCAUCCAAAAAACUUUGGAGUUCACAGUUUACUACACUUUUAUGGCAGGCGGCCAGGAAUCGUUAUUUGAACGCUUCAAAAUUCAGUGCCUUAAUUUGAUAAAACUUAUUAUGCUUUGUGUAGAGUAUAAGCCAGCCAAAAAGAUUGCAGAAACCAAGGAUCCAAAUACACUUCGGGCCCACCAAAUCAAGACUUCAUUCUUUACUCCAGAAAUCUUAUCUGCAAUCUGCCAAGGUUUAGUGUGUCAUUACUUUUUAUUAACAUCAGAGGAUUUACAAAUGUGGCAUGAAGAUCCAGAAACAUUUGCAACUGAUGAGAGUGGAGAGUCUUGGAAGUAUACUUUGAGGCCGUGUACGGAGUCACUAUUUGUCACAGUUCUUCAUGAGUUUAAUACUGUCCUUUCUCCUGUUCUGAUGGCUAUGCUACAGUCAAAUCAUGGCCCUGUACCUGAGUCUGAUCUCAAUGCUAUACUCUUAAAGGAUGCAAUUUAUAAUGCUGUUGGUCUUGCUGCCUUUGACUUGUAUGAUGAGAUUAACUUUGAUGAGUGGUUUUUAACCACUCUGCGGCAAGAACUCCAAUUACAAGGAGGUCAUUCUCGAAUUGUUCGGCGAAGAGUUGCCUGGUUGUUGGGGCAGUGGUCGGGUGUUAGAUUUUCUGCUGAACUGAGACCAGUGAUGUACAGUGCCAUGCUGUCACUUCUUCAACCGCAUGAAGAUUUGGUUGUUCGACUGACUGUUUCACAUGCUCUGAAAUUGGCCAUGGAUGAUUUUGACUUUAGUACUGAUCAGUUUCUGGAGUACCUGGAACCCAUUAUAGGAUUGCUCUUUAACCUGUUAAAAGAAUGCAAAGAAUGUGACAGCAAGAUGCAUGUUUUGUAUGUAAUGUCGUUUGUUAUGGAACGAGUGGGACAUCUUAUCAGGCCCCAUGUCUCCAAUCUCAUUCAAUAUUUGCCUUUAGCAUGGGAAGAGUCAGCUGAACACAGCAUGUUACGUUGUGCUAUCGUUUCAACUCUAGUUCAAAUUGUAAAGGGUAUGGCAGAUGAUAGCCAAAGACUCCAUAGCUUUUUGAUGCCAGUCUUAGCACUUUGCACAGACAUGCAGCAGGAUUCUAAUGUGUAUUUGAUAGAAGAUGGUCUUGCCUUGUGGCUAGCUUGUGUUGAGAAUGCAACAGACAUGACUGACGAGCUGAUGCAUUUGUAUCAGAACAUGCCAUCCCUUCUUGAGUCUUCAACUGAAAAUCUUCGCAUUUGCUUUACUAUAACACAUGCAUAUCUUAUGUUCUCUCCAGAAAGUUUUCUUAAGGUUUAUGGUGAAAGUCUUUUGAAGACUUGUCAAUACAUGCUAACAGAUUUGCGCUCGGAGGGAAUUGUCAUCAUAAUGCGAUUUGUUGAACUUUGCUUAAGAACAGCUCCUCAAUUGUCUUGUGAGCUGUGGAAACCUAUCAUUCCACAAAUAAUGAUUCUCAUUUUCAAUGGAGAGGAGUCAACAAUUUGCUGUGCGGUAUGCACCUGCAUUAUUGCUCGUGUCCUUUUAUGCUCUAAGGAUUUAUUUAGUCAGAUGAUAAGAGAAGCUGCACUGCGAAUAGGGCAAACAGAAGAUCAUUUCUUCUCUACAAUAUUGUUCAAUUGGAAUAAAAACAUGCCUUGUGUCACUGGUAUGCCACGUCGUAAAAUUCUAGGUUUGGCACUUUCGUCACUGCUUACAGUUCAAUCAAGUAUUGUUCUGGAUAAAUUUAGUGACAUUAUCCGAAAUGUGGUUGAAGCAUUAAAUGAUGUAACAAAACCAGAUGAAUCGGGUGCUCUUAUGGAUAUUCUGUGUCAUUGCCAAAGUUUUCCUUCAAGCCCAACAGAGAGGGAAGUGUUUGAAGAUUUUGAAACAGAACAUGAUCACCGAAUGCAAAGGCUCGCGUCACAAGAUGUAGUCAACACUGUUGUGCUUGGAGACUAUCUCAUUGCCCAGCUCGAUGAACUGAAAGGUCAAGUUGGUCUGGAGCAGCUGCAACAACUUCUCCAAAGCCUAGACAGCGAAACUACAGCAAUGCUUGAAGAAUACAAGAAUUUGAGUGGCAGGGAACCUCGUAUUGAGUCUCAUUUCACUGAUUUGAGAAUUUCUUAAACUUGAUGCUUUUGUGAAAGCACUUAUUUAUCAUAUUUUAUGAUAGUAUUAACUACCAAGUGCAGAGAGAUUUUUUUCUCUGCAUUGUAGCAGUUGUAAGGAGAUGCUGUAGUAUAUAUCACUAACUCUACUUUAUUUGCAGUGAAAUCUGAGCUGUGAAGAUCAAGUCCCUUGACUGUAAAUCAUGGACUAGUCUAUUAAAUGACUGAAAUAUCUUGUGGAUGAUGUUCUUCAAAAAUUAAGUACAAAGCCCUCUCUGUGGAUCCUUAAAUGAAGUCUUAAAUGCAUACAAGCAGCUUCGACCUCAAACUCCUUAGGCAUUCUUAUGUUAUUAAUUUUCUCUCUCUGUUCCUGUUUCGAUUUUCACUGCGUGAAUUAUGAACAGAAAAAUUCUGUUUCUGGCAUCUAUUGAACCUUAUCCUUUAUGUACUGGACAAUUUAGUGUACUACAUGCACAAUCAGUAGAGUGAAGAAAUUAAGUUGGUCAUGCAGAUUGUUACAUAAAUUAAUAUGUAUUUGAAAAAUGAAAUAAUAUGUAGAAUAGAAUGUGACUAGAAUGAAAUUAAAAUAGAACUUAAUGUUGACUGUGAAUUUUAAGGGGACAAUCUACAGGUCUCUAAUGUUGCCAUGUUCUGUACAGACUAUAUUUCCAAAUUAAAUACAUCGUAGCCUUUCUUUAAAGCAAAGAGGAAAAGAAAAACUGGAUUUACCAUUCAGUUAUUUAAAUGGUGUGUCUUUUCUAAAGUUGCAUUAAUAGAGUUCGAAAAACUGAAUACGACUUGUAGCAGUGCGUAAGGAAACUAUUGAUUUUAGCUCCAUGCUGUAAUUUCUUUUCAUUUUGGUCAAAAUCUACUGGUUUUGGCCUCAAUACUUUUGUCCCAAGUUAUUUUCAAUGUCGCCGAAAAGAUUCUACACUUCAAUAUCAGUUGUCUCAUGAAGACAUGAAUAACUUAGCUUGAGGGAAGUGCCACAGGAAAGGGACGUGUUGCAAUCACUUAGUAAAUCUUGAUCUAUAAUUUUAUAGAAUGGAGUUGUGGAAAAGGCUUUUCACAGCACUCCUACCCUGACAGACUGCUGUCCAUUUCGCAUGGAAUUAAUUGGUGGUGUAGUGGGCGUUUAAUUCUCACUUGGUUGUCUUGUAUCUUAUCAGGUGAAAAUUAUCAUAGCUUGGGUGUAAAUCUGUGAUGCCAUGAUGUUGGAUACUUCACUAAUUUUUAACCAUUUAAUAUGUUAGUGUGGUAAUGUGUUUAUAAUGACUGAGAAGUCUGAUUAUUAUUUUAAUGUGUUAAGCAACAAUAUUGGCAGACUGAUUUCAAAGGUCUGUUCUUGUACAGGAGGAGGAACCAUUAGUGGGCCUUAAGGUUUUGGCUCUGCUUUUUCGACUCCGUGGGUCUACUGAUGGAUCCUCCGUCAUUGUUAAUUUUUAUGUGUUAAGAAAUUUCAUGCUUAUGUUUAAGAGUCAAUCCUGUUUCAAUGUUGUCGUUAGUAUUGUGAUCAUGAUAAUUUUUUAGAUACCUAUUUAGAUGCUUUACAUUUAAGGUGGGUCUUUUUUUUUCCCAUUCCAAGUUCACUGUUACAAAUGUGAAAAUGAUUUUAGAAAGCUGUUCGUUAUUUUAAUGAAUACUACAAAGGUCUAUAAUCAGUCUAUAAUCAUGUGGUUAGGUCGUACAAAGGUUUCAAAUCUAAUCAAAAACCCAUUUGUUAAUGAGGUGAUGAACUUACUAUUUGAAACUAGUAACAAAUGUAUGCUGGACUUCAUUCAUUCAAUGUUACAAAGUACUUUUGUGAAAUCCUGGAAAUGUGGCUAUGAAUUGAACUCAGCAAGAUAUCUUGUAUGUAAAUCAAUUCUGAAUUAUAAUUACUUCAAUAGUCUCCA